AUGGACGCCAAGUACCUGAGCACCUACCCUCUCAUUGCUCCUGAGAAAUUUCUCAAUGAGCUCAAAACCAAGACUGGGGUCAUCACUGGUGGGGGAUAUGGCAUAGCUGUCAUUGCCGAAUCAUUUGCCAAAGCCGGUGUGGCCGAAGUCAUAAUGGUUAGGAGGACAGCAAUCAAGUUGAGAAACGCUGUAACCGCAUUGAGCUCAACAGUCAAGGCCCCCACCAAGACCACCUAUUACUACGUCAAUAUCACCUCUAAGGCUGAAGUUGAGAAUCUUUUUGCUUCGAUCGCAACUAGCCCAGACAUCUUGAUCAAUAAUGCCGGGUUCUUGGCAGUAACAUCAAACUUCUUCGAUGCCGAUCUGAACGAGUACUGGAAGUCCCUUUCAACCUGUUCUCGGUACUGCUUUGGUCACUCAGUCUUUCCUCCGUCGCUACCAACAAGAUGGAUCACCAAGCAGUGCAGCUGUUGUUGUCACCCUGAAUACCAUUGGGGGCCUGGGGCCCAUCCGGUUCGGGUGCCUCUCCUCUCGUGCUACGGAGCAAGCAAAGCCGCGUUGGCUCGUAGGUCGGAACUGAUAUCGGUGGAUGUAUCUGAACACGUGGCUCGCUUUAUUUCUGUUCAUCUUGGUGCGGUAAAGACAAAUACGGGUAUCAAAUCUGGUCUCGAUGGUGUGUUUCCAAGUACCGAUUCAGCGAUCGCCAGAGACUUCGUUAUCUGGACGGUGACCCAGGAGGAAAAGUUACUUUAUGGUCGGUUCGCCUGGGUCACAGUCUUGAAAGGAUCUCCGAGCGGAAGUAUUGUCCAGGCCACGGGCCAUUGUGAUCCGGAUCCUACCCAGGUCAUUGUCAAGAUCUCGCACUGCGAAGUCUACUUUACAGAUGAGCAUUACCGCCACGCCGUUAAAGACCUUGACCAUGAGGGCAUUGGCACAAUCAUCGAGGUUGGCGCCGCUGUCCAUGAAAUCUCGGACUUCCGCGUUGGUAACCGGGUGGGGAUGAGCUGA